AUGUGCUUAGCUGCUAUUGCACGGCCAUUUUCCUUGGUUAGAUCAGCUCUGCAGAUGGAGCUAGAAGCUAUGAGAGCUAGCCUUUUGUUAAUUAUUCAUAAAGGCUGGGACAAUGUGGAUAUAGAGACCGAUUGUGCCGCUGUGGUGACCGCACUCAAGAGUGAUGUGGAGGAUCUCUCUGACAUAGGUUGUAUUGUGGGGGAUUGUAAGGUAUAUUUGCAUGUAAUCUCUUCACUAAAUUUACAAUCUAUUUAUCGUGAAGCAAAUGUUGUUGCCCAUAGAUUGGCACACCUUGCUAGUGUUAACUAUUUAGACGACUAUUGGUUAGAGGAGACUCCUGUGAUUAUCCGGGAUGUUCUCUACGAGGAUUCAUGUACUAGUACUCGAGGUUUAGGUUUUAUGUCCCCCUCGAUGUACAAUAUUUCUACUACUAUUAAUAAUAAUAACGGGCGUAGGGCUGAGUCUCCCAGUUAG